GCAGAAACUCCAACAGAACCUACAGAAGGAACUGAAACAACAGAAACUCCAGAGGAACCACCAAAACCAACAGCUAAUGAAAUAUUGUUCGAAUAUUUUCCAAGGUACUCUGUUCUCAUUGCAUACAUUCAAGAAAUACUUAAGAAAGCAGACUUGACUUUAGGAGAUGAUGAAAGUUCUGUAUAUCUUUCGUUCCAGUUUCAAAUAGCAGAACUUUUGAGACAGAUAUGCUUAAUGUAUGACAACAUCUCUGAUUUCACAAGAUAUGACGACGACCAUGACCCCGAACACGGUGAAGAAGAAGUUUUACAAACAUCCAUUAAGACAGGAAAGGUUUUAACUCAAAGUCUCAUUAUUGACACCAAAGAUGGCGAAGUGGAUGUUCUUCAAGAGCUGAAGAAAAAUACUUCUUCGGGAGGUGGUGGUAGGCAUGAACUUGAAAUAAAUGAGAUAGAAGAGAAAUUAGCCGAAAAAGCAGAUAAAAACCAUGUUCAUUAUAUAAGUUCAGAUGAACAGAUUAUAACGGACUACCAUGGAUAUUUAACACGGGAUGAAGAAGUGAAGACGGAAGACCCUAAUGAAAGAAGAUAUAAAUACAUUCGUGCUAAAGGUUAUGACAUACGUUGUACUGUACAGUAUGACACAGGUAAAGCACCAGAAGCAUUUGGUUAUAACGAUGAAAUUUAUGCCUCUAGUUUCUUUGUUAACGGUGUAUUAGUUGAACCAAGAUUUACUUUGAGAGUUAAGGCAAAAAUAACUUUUGAAGAUGCUAUUAAAAGUAAAGCUGACAAAGAUGAACUUGACGCAACGAACAAAGUUUUGAAAUCUCAUAAACACAAUAUCUCCGAUAUAAAUGAACUUCAAGCUACAUUAAAUAGUAAAGCUGACAAAGAACAUACACAUAAAUCCUUCACUACUGUUAGAGCAGACGACAUAAUAUUGAACUAUGAUUUGGGUUCAAGUGCACCUUUAGAGAAUCCGAGUACAAGUGUAAAAGAUACUCUUAACAAUUUAGAUAAAAAAUGUAUGAACAUUGAAGGUCAUGCCAGAAACUUUGAAGCAUACGAACUACCAGCAAUGUUAGAUAAGAAAGCUGACAAAGAACAUACACAUAAAUCCUUCACUACUGUUAGAGCAGACGACAUAAUAUUGAACUAUGAUUUGGGUUCAAGUGCACCUUUAGAGAAUCCGAGUACAAGUGUAAAAGAUACUCUUAACAAUUUAGAUAAAAAAUGUAUGAACAUUGAAGGUCAUGCCAGAAACUUUGAAGCAUACGAACUACCAGCAAUGUUAGAUAAGAAAGCUGACAAAGAACAUACACAUAAAUCCUUCACUACUGUUAGAGCAGACGACAUAAUAUUGAACUAUGAUUUGGGUUCAAGUGCACCUUUAGAGAAUCCGAGUACAAGUGUAAAAGAUACUCUUAACAAUUUAGAUAAAAAAUGUAUGAACAUUGAAGGUCAUGCCAGAAACUUUGAAGCAUACGAACUACCAGCAAUGUUAGAUAAGAAAGCUGACAAAACAGAGCUUCAAACAUUAAAGACUGAAAUACUUCAAACCAUAUAUCCUGUUGGUUCUAUUUAUACGUCAAUGAAUUCAACAAAUCCAGCAACAGUUUUAGGUUUUGGUACGUGGAAGCAGAUUGUAGAUAAAUUCUUAUACUGUGCUAGAUAUUCAAAGCAAACAGGAGGUUCGAAGAAAAUUAAAGAAGCAAACUUACCCCCACGCACUCAUACAGGAACGACAAACUUUUCUGGAGACCAUAGCCACUCAUUAAGAGACCACCCAUUAUACAACUCAGAGUAUGAAGCUGGCAAUGAUGUUUUAUCUCCAUCUUAUAACAAUUCAGCAAAAAAGAUUUUUCGACCAACUGAACCGGGAGGUAAUCAUUCACACACUUUCACAACAAAUCUAACAGGCUCGGGUGCAGAUUAUAUGCCACCAUUUGUGACUGUAUUCGCAUGGUACCGCGUUCAUUGA